AUGUGUGUUUGCAGUCAUCAACCUGUGCUCCAUCUGCAGGGCCAACUUCAAAGCCCAACUGGCAUCGCGCUUCUUCCGGCACGACGUGCUUCUCGUAAAGAGAAAACUGCAAGCCAACCAGGACACCCCAAAUUUGGAGGACUAAUUUUUUUCUGUUUCUACCAGUUGAGCAAUAUAAUAUGUUUUAAACACGAGAAACUUUGUUGCUGUUGGUUAUAA